CACGUCGCAGCAGAGGCCCCAAAGUAGAGCGCUGUUAGUUCAACACACACAGUUCAACCAAUAUGUUGGCGCUUCUCUGUUUAUCGUUGGUGUCCGGUGCAAUGUCACAGCACUGCAACAUAAUGUGUGCCGCAAAUUACAAACCAGUGUGCGGAUCUGAUGGUCGAACGUACAGUAACAGCUGCCAACUGGCUGUUGCUGCGUGUCAUGCCAGAAGAUUAGGAAGAACAAUAUACUUGGCCAACAAUGGUCGGUGUGGAUCUACGGUCCAAAUGUCUGGUUGUGACCAGAUCUGUGACGAAGAGAAACAGCCUAUAUGUGCUUCAGAUGGUAAAGUUUAUGAGAACAAGUGCCGCUUCACGUUAGCGCAGUGUGAACACGCAAAGAACGGCACCUCAUUAAUAAUACUUAAAUAUGGAGACGUAUGUCCGACCCCCCGUGAACCAAAUUGUGAAAAAUAUAAAGUGGACACGUCGGAUCUGGCUAUUGAAAUGCCCACAAAUGGAAACGUCAUGAUGUCCUGUCCGCACGGGCAUCACUAUGUGUGUGCGUCCACCGGCGCCUCCUUCUCCAACGAAUGUCAGCUGUGUCAUUACAUCAGUACCCAGGAGGCGAGGUAUGAGUCCAUGCAGCAACCAGCUCCCGAGAUCACCAUCCUGUAUGAUGGCGUGUGCCACUCGGUUGGUCACAUACGGCCCGGCCUUCCUAUCAAUGUACUUUGACAAAAAAACAUGCCAGGUCAAUAAGUAUCGCCUGCUACUUGACCCGACCGGAGUGCGUGAAUUUCAUUAAUAAAGUCGUCUGCUCUU